AUGGCGGCCCUCACGGAUUUCUCCUUCAUGUACCGCUGGUUUAAGAACUGCAACGUGGUGAGCAACCUCAGCGACAAGUAUGUCCUCAUCACGGGCUGCGACUCGGGCUUCGGGCACCUGCUGGCCCGGCAGCUGGACCGGCGGGGCAUGCGGGUGCUGGCUGCGUGCUUCACUGAGGAAGGCGCCCAGAAGCUCCAGCAGGCGACCUCCCACCAGCUACAGACCAUCCUAUUGGACGUCACCAAGAGUGAGAGUGUCCAGGCGGCCACCCAGUGGGUGAGGGACCAAGUGGGAGAGCAAGGCCUCUGGGCCCUGGUGAACAACGCCGGCGUCGGCCUGCCCAGUGGCCCCAACGAGUGGUUGACCAAGGAGGACUUUGUGAAGGUGAUCAACGUCAACCUGGUGGGGCUGAUCGACGUGACCCUCCACAUGCUGCCCAUGGUCAAGAAGGCCCGGGGCAGGGUCGUCAACAUGUCCAGUUCCGGGGGGAUCGUGGCUGCCAUAGGAGGUGGCUACUGCGUCUCCAAGUUCGGCGUUGAGGCCUUCUCAGACAGCAUCAGGCGUGAGCUGCACUACUUCGGGGUGAAGGUCAGCAUCAUCGAGCCGGGGAACUACCGGACAGCCAUUCUGGGCAGGAACGGCCUGGAGACCAACCUGCGCCGGCUGUGGGAACGCCUCCCGCAGGAGACCCGGGACAGCUACGGGGAGGAGUACUUCCUGACCUACUCUGAGAGGUUAAUAAACACCAUGCGGCUGGCAGACCCCAGGAUCAGCGACGUCACCAACAGCAUGGAGCACGCCAUUGUCUCCCGGACCCCCCGCAUCCGCUACAACCCUGGCUUGGACGCCAAGCUCCUCUACGUCCCCUUGGCCAAGCUGCCCACCGCUGUGACAGAUUUCAUCCUGAGCCGGUACCUGCCACGGCCAGCAGACAGUGUCUGAGCUGGGAAGCCGGGGGCUGUCGGUGGAAUGGAGAAGAGAGCGGCGGGCGAAGGGACGAUGGGUCGAGAGAGGGACUUCAGAUGUCCGAGGGGACACUGUGGCUGACACCACGCCUACCACUGGUGAGUCUACUGGUAACUUCGGACAGAAGGCGCCUGCCGCUUCCACCCACUGAGCCCCACGGAAGCCUGACGGGGCCUUUUCACGUUCACAGAACUGCAGCAUGGCCCCAAAGACAUCUGUCAUCCAUCCAAAUGUGGCUUUUUCUGGUGCUUUGCUAUUCAAGGAGAAGAAAACUAGCUCCUGCUGAAUCAUGAGCCUCUCUGUUGUUAUUGCAUGGGAAUUAUGGUA